AUGGAUGAUAUCAGUGUAUUUGAUAUUAAGCCAUCUAAUUUAAGAGAUCACAUUAACAAGUUUGUCUAUAACCAUGGUGUAGAAAAGGAAUUCAGUUAUAUUGAAAAGAAAACGGAAAAGGACAUAUUACAUGGUGAUUUCAAGACAGCUUUAAAAGAUGAGAAUAAAUUAAAGAAUCGAUAUAGUAAUGUUUUACCUCCUGAACAAUAUAGAGUACCAUUAGUAUUAGAACCAGAUGAUCAUGAUUCAGAUUAUAUAAAUGCCAGCUAUAUAAAUGAUCCAGCUGGCAAACAAAGAUAUAUUUGUACGCAGGGACCACUCGAGAAUACGUUUAAUGAUUUUUGGAGAAUGGUUUGGGAGUGCAAGAGCAACGUCAUAGUCAUGUUGACCAGAGAAGAGGAGAAUUCGAAAAAGAAAUGCGACAGAUACUGGGUCGACCAAGAUUCACAUGACUAUGGCCACAUUCGAUUAAUUUAUGAGACACACAUUGCAUUGCAGGAUAUGAUUCAAAGAAUUUUCACCCUUGUAAAUCUAAAGACAAACGAAAAAAGAAAAUUGGUCCACUUUCAAUACAUUUCAUGGCCAGAUCACGGUACUCCAGUCUCUAUCAAAGGUUUUUUAAAUUUAAUACAAGCCGUUGAAAAAGAAGAUAAAACUGGUCCAAUCAUUGUUCAUUGUUCAGCUGGAAUUGGAAGAUCAGGAACUUUUUGUGUUAUUCAUUCUGUUGUUACCAAUUAUAAAAAUGAAUUGAAAAAUGAGCAGUACACCCUUAAUAUCCCAAAAAUAAUUACAAACUUUAGAACUCAGAGACCUGGAAUGGUUCAAACCAAAGAACAGUACAGAUUUUGUUACUCUGCCAUUGCUGAGGGUACCAGUAUGGAACAAUUAAGAAAGGGUAGAAAGGAAAGAUCACUUUCAUAUUCAAUAAAUUAA